UUCAGAAAAUAAAAGUUACUAAAGAUCUAAAAAUAGGUGACCAAAUCAAGAUGAGAAUCAAGAUGCCAGCUGUACGCAUCGCGCAAGCGGAUGCGGACAGCGCGGCGGAGGGUGGGGGGUCGCCGACGCCCGACACCCUCACCUGCGGGGCCUGCCGUCGGGCCUUCGCGCUCGCCGACAUCGUGAGGUUCAUCCAGCACAAGAUCAGCUCGUGCGACAAGGAGCUCACCUCGUACCACUGUUUUAGUGCAGGUCCCAAUUCCGACCAAGAAGAUGGCUCAAGGACAGGUCAAGUGGCAACAAACUCUAGUGGCAGAAGGCCGUCUCUGCUCACAGCCAGAAGACCACCCAGCAGUAGAGUCCACACUCCACCGCUCGCCAGUCCUUCUAUGGCUCCCCCAGAUCUCUUAGAGGAUGGCGGCGCUUCUAGCACACCUAAACGACUUUUAGAUGAAGCCGACGCAGAAGUUUCAACACCUAAAAGAAGAGCAUCAACAUCACCAAUGCCAUCUAGUUCUCCUGACGAGGACAUCAAGCCUAAGAUCAAACAGGAGCAUAUGGAUACAACGGGUUCACCUGAUGAACAGAAGAAGUCGAGAACUGAAGUGGCUGAUGCCGAAUCUAACACUAUGCAUAGUGAGCCGAGCAACUACGUGUGUUCCACGUGCAAGGCGCGCGUGCACUCCGCGUGGCGGCUGGUCCAGCACGUCCAGCACGUGCACGGCGUCAAGAUCUACGUGGAGAGCAUGCCGCAGCCGCCGCAGAACAAGCAGAACCACUCCUCAUCCAGCACAUCGUCCUCCAGCUCCUGCUCGUCUUCAGGAGCGCCGCUCCCGCCGCCGUCUCUUCGUCAUCACCCGCUUCUACCGCCCCCGGAUAUGCACUCCCCUUUUGGGGUUGGUGGUCUAUUGCGCAUGCCCUUGCCCGGCAGCUUGCCCCCGCUCGCCCACCCUUCUGUCCCCCCAAACCCUCUGUUCGCCCGCCCAAACCAUCACGAUCAUAGAUUUCGCAUGGAGCAGCUCGUCUCCGAGCAGUUCCGUCACCACGGGUUGAACCUGGCGGCGGCCGCGGCCGCGGCCGUCGCCGCCAACUCCCUUCCUCCUCAUCAGCCAUUUCCAUCACCAGCGGAUAGACCACCGGUAGUACCUAAUUCACUUACGGGGCGAGACCGAGCACCGCCCGUAUCCCAACCACUAUCUUUGGAACCCCAGCUGGAUUUUUACUCGCAGCGCUUGCGGCAACUGGCCGGUACGACCAGUCCAGGGGCGGCCACAGGCACAUCGAGCUCUCCUAGCCCCAGGAAGCAUUCGCCGCCGUUCGCUUCCCCGUCGCCCUCCCGAGUCGGCCAGACUCCUCCGGUGGGCGCCGGACCCGGGACGGUGGAAACUCCUAAGGAGGCUAUAAGGGCGCACAGUUCCCUGUCGCCUGAACGACGGGUGGAACCGCAGACCGCCGACGCGCCGCCCUCGGACCGACCGUCGUCGACGCCACUGACAAAAAGAACCAACGAUGAGGCUGUACAUUCAUGUGAAUUUUGCGGUAAGAAGUUCCGUUACGAAAAUAGCUUGAUCACCCACCGUCGCACUCACACCGGAGAGAAACCUUUCAAAUGCACCGAAUGUGACGAAGCUUUUGAAAAGUCUUCGAAACUAAAGAAACACAUGAAAGUUCAUCGAGGUUCCGGUGGUAACACUGAGGAGGGCGAGUCGGGCCCCGAUACUGGAGAUGAUGAAUCUGAGGACGAGUUAGAUGACGAGGAAUUAGAUGGAGAGGAGGAGGAGGAAAACGAGGAUGGCGAUGACAUCGAGGAGGCCGAGGACCUAACAGUCUCUAAUAGCAGCGCACCCGCUCCCACACAACGUAAACAGACAUCCGCUGCACCCACGCAACCUCCAUCGGCCUCUGUGGUCGGUGAGCUAAUGGAUAAAUUUGGAUUAUCGAAUAUUGCUCAAUACAGUGAAGCUUUUAAGCAGGCACUACAAGAAUCUGGCAAUUCCCUAAAGUGGCAGUUGGCUAAGGACCGCGAUAACAAUAAUGGUCCAUCAGCCGAUAAGCCGAAUGGGAUGCCCCCGACGGCUGCUCUGCGUCUAAAAGAAGAAUUCGCUAAGAUGCCACCUCAACCUCAUCCGCUGUUUAACCCUUUUGAGAACCCUUUUGAGGCAUCGAAGCGAAUGAAACUGGAGAUGGACAGAGGCGAGGGCUGGUGGCUGCCAACGUUACACGCUCAGCGCCCACCUGAAAACAUUUUUGAUGGUCUCAAGAACAGCAGCAAUGGCUUGCUACAAAAUCCGUUGCUGAAAUCAAAGGAUGGGCGUCGAAACGAUACGUGUGAAUUUUGCGGCAAGGUUUUCAAAAACUGCUCCAACUUGACGGUUCACCGUCGAUCUCACACCGGAGAGAAGCCGUACAAAUGCGAGCUGUGCUCGUACGCCUGCGCCCAGAGCUCCAAGCUGACCAGGCAUAUGAAGACGCACGGCCGCCUCGGCAAGGACGUGUACAGGUGUAGGUUCUGCGAGAUGCCGUUCUCCGUACCGUCGACCCUCGAAAAACAUAUGCGGAAGUGUGUAGUGAAUCAAAGUAACGGUGCACCUCUCGCAUUAUCCGACGAUUCCAAUGCAUGUCGUGAUGAGGCGUCGUGACUCUACCCGUGGGGUGGCCUCCGCCUGCCACCACCGGCCCCGCCGAGUCAGAUCUUCUAGAUCCUAAAGAAAUCUAUGUUUUGUUAUUUACACAAUCUGUACAUUGGUCUGUUAUGGGUUAAUUUGUUCAUAUCUAGUCUUAAGGAUUCGGUGACAAAAUAUUAUUUAGUAUUACGAUUGCAAUAUUCGCCCAAAUAUGUAAAGCGUCGAAGGGCAUUCACUUAGUUACAUAUCUCGUGUAAGCUUAGUCUCCGUUGUUGAUGUUGCGUCUUCGGUUAUUUCGUGGCUGUAGGUUUGCGUUAUUCGAUUGUUUUAUCGUGUUCCCCUGUAUAAAGAAAACCAAUGCCAAAGUUAGCUAUCGAUUUUAGUUUUAAGUUGUAUAGUGUCAAUUAAUGUGUUUCUUUCAGUAUUCGUAGGAUCUUCACGCUAUCUGUAGACGUAUCCGAUAAGUUGUUUCGUAAUUUUAGCGUACUGUACAAUAAACACGAAAGUUUCCUAUCUAGAUAAUGUUGUAAAUAGGUGUAUUUAAGCGGAUAAGUACCAAGUUUGCGAACAUUCGAUUUGAACAAAUUUUAAAAUUACUUUCGUAACGGUGAGUUUCCUGUAAUCGUUAGGUAUGUAGACGUCAAAAUUAAUGUGUUACGCCAGGUACUUCUAUAUUUAAUUAGUGAUAAAUUUUAAAUUAUAUCGUCGGGUUUCGCUUUUGUUCGAGGACGGGAGCUAGUUAUGUUUUUAAGACUGAAUCACCCUGUAAUUUGUUUCAAAUUGAUUUUGUGAUCGUGGACAGUAGCUCGUACCUAAACCAGUACAAGUGAAUCUUUCAGUAUACGUACUUAAUGUAAAUUAUUAUAGAAUUUAUAAUAGAAUAAUUGUAAGUAAAUUAUAGUUGCCCUUCUUGUCUCCUGUCUGUUUCUGUUAUGAUGAUGCGUUUAGAACCUCUUUGCAGAUUGUAAUGUUUUACAUUCUAUAAACAGGGUCUAAAAUAA